AUGGCAGUAAAUGUUAGACAGUGCUCAUCUGACGUAUUUAUCGAAAACGCACAUUUUCCUGGCAAACCUGAGCUACAUCAAUCACAAGAGUUCACUGUUUUUCAUGAGCUCCCAACCGUUGAUCCAUUAUUAUCUCACCACUCUACAGCUUCCUUUGUAUACAAAACACGUGCACCAAGACGGGGAACUUGCUUGAUCAUUUCAGUCGAUACAUUCAAACCGGCUCUCUGUCUCCCGUGUAGACCAGGGGCUGACGUCGAUUUAAAAAAUCUAGAAGAUACCUUUCAAUCUCUAGAUUUCGACGUAAAAUCGUACCAGAAUCCAACCGCUGCUAUGAUAACAGCUAUUAUAGAGGCCGAAUCCACAGCUAGUCAUGCGGACGCUGACUGUUUCGCCUGUGUAAUUCUCACCCACGGCGAUGAAGGGGGCUCAGUCUAUGGAACAGAUGGUCCUAUUCACCUGGACCAGCUUAUUCAUCCCUUUCGUGGUGACACAUGCCCUGGUCUGGCUGGAAAACCAAAAAUGUUCUUUAUUCAGGCCUGCAGAGGGACCUUGCUGGAUUCGGGGACGAUUGUGUCGACAGACAGCUCCUUUGGAUCGGGCGACUCCGGUACCCUCGGGAGUCUUCGACGCAUUCCCGUUGAAGCCGACCUCCUUGUGGCCUACGCCGUCCAACCAGGCAAGUCCACGAAUUCGAUUUACGGUUCAUGGUUCAUACAGGCUCUGAAUAACUGCCUUCGGAAGUACGGUCGAAUACUCGACAUGAUGUCAAUACUGACGCGAGUGAACUACGAGGUCGCGUACGAAUUCGAGUCCCUGGCUACCACGGCAGAGUACUCGGGCAAGAAGCAGGUCCCGUCAAUCGUGAGCACCCUCACCAAGGACAUUUUUUUUCCACCAAAGAAGUGA